AUGAUUGAAAUCCAAGCAAGCCUAAACGAGCUCAAAAAGCUCGGGGGUCACACGAGUCUCGGCUAUAUCGAGUUCUUGUUCUUUUACGAGAUAAUGAUUGCCAGAGCAAAAGAUAUAGGAAAAGAUGACGAAAUGGAAGACGAUCUUUUGAAGGCGUUUAAGGUUUUCGACACGAAUGGAGAUGGAUUCAUAUCGUCUGAGGAACUCGAAAGCGUGCUCACGAGAAUGGGAUUGUGGGACAAGAAAAGUGGAGGGAACUGUAAGGAGACGAUCGAUGCGUACGAUGAGAAUUCUGAUGGAAUGUUGGAUUUUGAGGAGUUAUGA